AUGCCGACACGCUUCGAAGCUCGCAAGCAAAAGAUCUUGGAGCAACUCGACGCUCCAGACGGCGAGUAUCAUGAUCUGUCGCCCAAGGGAUCUGUCGAUGCGCCCAUCCGAGAUUUAAUCGGCGCGAUCAACAGUCUCCCAGGACUAGUCACCACUAGCAGCUGUUCGGGGCGCAUCAGUGUGUUUUUGGAAGGACGCAAAACAGACAAUGAAGUACCAGAUGCAUUGCCUGAGGGCGAGAGUUCACGCGCUGGACCAGGAGGAAAAGGUGGUGGGGGUGCUUGGCUGUUCAUCUCACACACGCCACUUGGGCGAGACGAAGCAACAGGUGACCUCAUGUCAAAGUUUGGCUUGAAGAAGGCUGAAGCAACGGAGGAAACACCUAGCGCGUCCAGCAGGUACAUUCAUCUUAAAUUUGAACCUAUGAUACUCCACGUCCUGAGUGCAUCAAUGGAUCAUGCCCAAGGCGUCCUCACUGCUGCCUUAGCUGCCGGGUUCCGUGAGAGUGGCGCCGUGAGUCUAGGGUCAGCGAAGAUAGCAGAGUCAAACCCCAUGGUGGCUGUCCGGUCAGCUGGUUAUUCAUUCGACUCCAUCAUUGGGUAUCAAGAUGGUGAUGGCCGCAAUGUUGCCUUGGUAGACGAGCGGUAUCUACGAACACUAGUAAACAUCGCAAACGAGCGAUUCAACAUCAACUUCGAUCGCAUAAGCCGGUUUCGCAGGGCCCUCUUGGUGGAUCCAAGCCAGAUUGGGAAGAUGCGGACGCGAGGAAACGACGGAAAAGAGAAGAAGGCCUUGCGCGGCAACAAGCUCUGCAAACUCAAGUCUCUCGAGAAGACAAUAAUUCAUCAGCACCAGAGAACAUAG